GUUAUAGAUUUUAUUUGCUUUGGUUAACAGCUGUUGGACCUUGUAGACGCUGACCAAUGGGAUGCGGCUGCGCUGUAAUCGACAGUGGAAAAAAAAAAAAAAAAACCUUACAGUCGCCAUGAUACAGCAGCGGAAACGGGGAAGAAGUAGCUAGAAAACAAAAGAGAACACGCAGUCGUCCUCGCGAUUUGGUAUGCUCUUGCAGUGUUAUAGGAAUGCCCAAGGAAAAAUAUGACCCGCCAGAUCCCAGGCGGAUGUACACAAUUAUGUCCAGCGAGGAGGCAGCAAAUGGGAAGAAGUCAUACUGGGCUGAGCUGGAAAUCAGUGGUCGAGUAAAGAGUCUCAGCACAGCCCUGUGGUCUCUCACCCACCUCACUGCCCUGCAUCUCAGUGACAACUCUCUGUCACGCAUCCCGCCAGACAUUGCCAAAUUACACAACUUGGUGUACCUGGAUCUCUCAUCCAAUAAGAUCAGGACUCUGCCGGCAGAGCUCGGCAACAUGGUGUCACUCAGGGAAUUGCUUUUAAAUAACAACCAGUUGCGGGUUCUGCCAUUUGAAUUGGGAAAACUCUUUCAGUUACAAACACUGGGGUUGAAAGGAAACCCACUUGCACAAGAAAUUAUGAGCCUCUACCAGGAACCUGAUGGCACACGGAGAUUGCUCAGCUACUUGUUAGACAAUCUGGCAGGGGCUAUCAAGCGCACACCAGCAGAGCAACCCCCAGCCCGGUCAUGGCUCCCACUCCAGGAACCAGACCGAACACGUCCUUCAGCUUUGUUCUCUGUGAUGUGCUACAAUGUGCUGUGCGAUAAGUAUGCCACACGACAGCUAUAUGGCUACUGUCCAACAUGGGCUCUGAACUGGGAGUACCGGAAGAAAUCCAUCAUACAGGAGAUUCUGGGCUGCAACGCAGACAUCAUCAGUUUGCAGGAAGUUGAAACAGAGCAGUACUACAAUUUCUUCUUGCCUGAGCUGAAAGAGCAAGGAUAUGACGGGUUCUUCAGUCCAAAGUCACGAGCUAGAACUAUGUCGGAGUCUGAUCGCAAACAUGUGGACGGAUGUGCAAUUUUCUACAAGACGGAAAAGUUCAGUGCGGUGCAGAAGCACACUGUGGAGUUCAACCAGCUGGCCAUGGCUAACUCCGAGGGCUCUGAGGCUAUGCUGAACAGGGUGAUGACAAAGGACAACAUCGGUGUAGCUGUGCUGCUAGAGGUCCGCAAAGAGAUGAUGGAGAUGUCCUCUGGUAAGUCACUCCAUGGCAUGGAGAAGCAGCUUCUCCUGGUAGCCAAUGCCCACAUGCACUGGGAUCCAGAGUACUCCGACGUCAAGCUGGUCCAGACCAUGAUGUUCCUGUCGGAGGUGAAGAACAUAGUGGACAAGGCCACCCGAAGUCUCAAGUUAUCGUCUGUCUCUGGUGAGACCAAUGCCAUUCCACUGGUGCUGUGCGCUGACCUCAACUCUUUGCCAGACUCUGGUGUGGUGGAAUACCUGAGUACUGGUGGAGUGGACUGCACCCACAAAGACUUCAAGGAGCUCCGUUACAGUGACUGCCUGACCAAAUUCAACUGCAAUGGCAAGAACAGCACGUCCAACGGCAGGAUCACCCACGGCUUCAAGCUGAAGAGCGCCUACGAGAACAGCCUGAUGCCUUACACCAAUUACACCUUCGACUUCAAGGGUGUCAUCGACUAUAUUUUCUACUCCAAGCCUCACCUGAACGUGCUGGGUAUCUUGGGCCCUCUGGACCCCCACUGGCUUGUAGAGAACAAUGUCAGCGGCUGCCCACAUCCCCACAUCCCCUCUGACCACUUCUCCCUCUUUGCUCAGCUGGAGUUACUCCUGCCCAACGUGCCCUCCCAGGUCAACGGGCUUCACCUGCCUGCACGCAGGUAGUGAGACCCUGCCAUACCACCAGGGGGAGCUGCAACCGCAGCUUCUCCCUCCUAAUCCCGCUCCCUCCCACUACCAGCUCUUCCUUCCACCACACUGGAGGAGGAAGACACAGAAAAAAAUAAAACAACAAAAAAUGAAAAAAAUACAACCUGUAAAAUAUUCGUACAGUGAGGUCUGGCUGACAGGGAUUUUCGUAUAAUGUUAUAGAUAUUCUAUAUUUUUCUUUUUUCUUUCUGUUUUUCUUUUUAUGUUCUUUUUUAACUGCUUGAUUCAGUCCUGUUUGUGUAUCAUAUUUUGUGUUUUGGACUCCCUUUCCUCAUCAAAUUCAACAACCCCACCUACUUUGCUUCUGUCUUUUAAACUAGAGUGGAUGGUAGCUCCAUCAGAUUCGUCACAUAGGCCACUGUUUGGUUAAGAGAGCAAAGGGGAACUUAAAAACGGCUAGGUGGAUGACAAUUACCUGAAAAGCUUCAGAGCUGAUGGUCUGCCUGUCUGUCUGUCCUGUAUAAAUUUAAAACCAGCAAAGACAGCGGACGUGUCAGUCUCAGACCUCCAUCUUGGCUUUUUUGCUCGUUGUCUGUUUUUGGCCGCAAGCAUAAACACAUCGAGGUGUAGUCGGAGCAGCUGUUUACCGGUAGUUAAUCAUCCCUGGAGGUGGAUGCAGUGCAGCUCAUAUGAGGUGAGAUUUCCUGCUGUCAUUCUGUGGUGCUGAGGCCUUUUUGUGUAGUCAUGGCCUCCCGUGGUGCUACAAGAUAGUCUACACCUCUGACCCCAGCUCUGGUGCAUUAGCCCCCAAACCCACAGUUGCCUAGAGAACUAGAACGCCCAACCUACAUUUGCCUGAUCUCACAUCGGCAACAUGUAGCGAUAAAGCUAGGAUGUUGUGAGAAUCCGAGAGCAGCUACCAUCCUAUUUGCAGACUGUUUUUACCCCAGCUUGUAUAGUUAAGUUAGGCUUGUGCUUGGGAGCUCAUGUGGCCCAUGUAUCACCUUUUUUAGAGAGAGGAGCAAGGGAUUUAGGCUGAUUGGCAAAGCAAUGGGGGCCUAUCACAAAUCUUUUCUUUUGUUGUGAUUGCUUUUAGGCAGAGAGAGCGAGUAAUGGUUGAUACAUCGGGAUAAAACCAGCAUUUCUCUCACUGUCAGGAGUUGCCAUCCAACUCCACACAUGCAAGCUUACACACACACUAACACACACACACACACGUUCAAUUUGCAGGCAGAUUUGUAGCACUGUCUCCGAGGCCAGUAGUGACUUUCCCCAGCCAUAAGUUCCAUACACAAAAGCAGUGUUUUUUUUUUGGUUGGUUUUUUUCACAAGUGUUUGUACAGAAAAAGAAAUCCAGACUCAGUCUUUACAUGAUUGUAUAUGAACCACAAAAGACCUGUUUUCUGGCGUUUUUUGUACGAAGAGUAAAUUAUGAUCAGAUUUGAAAAGAAAAAAAAAAGAAGAUUGUAUUGUAAACUAUGGCUAAAUUUUUAUCCAGUUAAUGUUAAGAUGAAUUGAUAUUACCAGCUUGUACAAAAGACGUAAGAAGAGGUUGUUCGAGGCGUUCGCUGUCACUUCUUUGCACUCCCUAGAGAUUAACUGUAAUUAACAUGUCAUUAUUGUAUCAUUUUUUAACUCCCUUUUCUCUCUGCGGUUGGUUUGAUUUGCCGGCAUAUUGCUGCAAUGUAAAUAGACACCAAGUAAACUCUGCCUGUUGCUUCUUGCCCAUUAACAAAGCCAUUGAUCCACACUGCUGCCAUUGGUUCUGACUAAAGGACAUGCAAGAAUGAGUCACAUCUGUUCAUCUACGUGUCUCCCUCAAAAGUGACGUGUGAUCGACAUAAAUCCCACAUGUACAUUGUGCCUCACUGUAGCAGUAGACGUCGUCUUGCACUACUUCCAUGCGACGAACGCCCGAACAACCUUUUCUAAUUUUAUUUUUAAAUACUGUUGAGACAUUUGUGAAGAUUUUAUGUCCUUUUGUUUUGUUAAUGUUCAUUUCCUUUUUUAUGAGAUGUGAAGAUGUAAUGAUGAUGUGUAUAUCCUUCCUAUUCAUUUGAGCUCUCUAUAGUAAUCAGGUAUGCUUUUUUUCCACCGACCCUCUCUCCUCUGCAAGGAAUAUGAGAAGGGUGUCUUAUCUUUGUAAAUUCACUAUCAGAUUGUUUUAAUCCCUCUUUGUACCUAAGCACAGCUCCAUGCCCAGGCCCCCCAGAAACACCUGGCUCCUAAGCUUUUCUUCCUGGCCACGAAUUUUAAAUCUCCUGUCCAUUUCCUCCUCUCUAAUAAACCACGUGACCUCAGACUGAAUCUAACUUCUACACUGCUCAAGCUGGGUCUUUUAAAACCCUUUUCGCCCAACUCUUUGUAUAGUUCUACCCUUAUCACUGCAGCUAUAGUGCCAUUUGGGGAGCUCCUACCUCUGUAUUGGAAAGGGUGGGAGGCCCACUUUUCUCUCCUUUUGGAUGAAAAGGGAUGAGGGUCAGUGAGCUUACUUGUUGCCAUCUGUGAAUUGGAUUUGUUACAUCCCAAAGAAAUAAAUUAAAUCUGUCAACAGUGACGUGAAUAUUUAAACAGUCACGCUUUUACACGGAUGAUGAGAACUUAGUAGAUUCAGAUGCAGCUCCCCUCACUCUGUCUAGUCAUACACGUAAAUAAAGAUCCCAUUACUUUAUAUGUUGAAAUGAAUUUUUUAAAGCAAGCAGGAAGCAGGUAAAUGAGGAGUAUGGAAGUACUCUUCAGCUUAAGGAAUCUUGUUUCCCUUUUUUUUCUAAAUUUUUUACCUUAUUCCAUGAAAACCAAUGUGUCCAGUUUGAUUUUUUUUUUCUUUUUUUCUGAAUGGCAUUAGUAUUGUAGUAGAUUCUAAAGGGUAGCUUUUUCCCUUUUUUGUAAAGUGUGAAUAAAAGAUGUAUCUCAUGUUUCCUUUCUAAAAAGAUACUGAAUUGUGUUGUGUAAAAUCAUGAAUUCUAUGAUGGUGUUAUGCUUGCAUUGUUUUUAACCUUUCCUCGACUUUCCCUUUCCCUGCUGACUCCCUCCCUCCCCCACCAUCACAAACCAAAUCCUCUGUAGAAAUCAUGAUAAUUUGUUGUCUUGAUAGGUUGAAUGUUCCUGAUUCCUCAGUGCUUAUCGGUGGGAAAGAACCUGCAUCGUUGGUAUCUGUUAAAACUCAACACAGGGAUAUCCUCUUUGUUUUCGUUUUUAUCUCAGCUUUAUUUUGGAUGUUGCGUGGCACUAGCUGGAGAGUGCUAGUGCGCUGUAGGUUAGGGCAGCAGGGCUGUCUUCCUAGUGGCUGCAGUUCAUUAUUAGAGAACACUGUUUUGACAGGUGAAAAACUUGUUUAUGACAAAGCUAAUGAUGUGCCGCUAGACUGGUCCUGUGAAGAUUUUUGCGUACUGUUAAUCCAUCUCAUUCUGUUCUCGUGCAUUACAAGUGAUUAAAUCUGUUAAAGUAGCUAGUUACUGUUGAUAGUUGCUGAUUUGAAUCCCAGGUUGUUUUUGGUUUUUGACACUCCUCUUUCCUCUAAGUAUGUGUCCAAUCAGAGCUGAACUAUGACACGCUGUAAGCCCCAGUGAGUGAUCACGUUGUUGGCUUUUUUCUUCACUGUUGCAUUGUUUCUCAGUUGGCUUGUUAAGUGUAGAGUAAAUGUUUAUUUUUUAUCCCCCUCUCCCCCCCCCCAGGCUGCAUCUCUUUGUAAUGGUGCACACCAAAGCUGCUUGUAGUUCAGUUCUCUGUUGUAGAGCGAUUUCUCUCACCGAUCAGUCACACUUAUUUUCAGAUACAAGUCAUCGUCUUCAUGAAAAGUAGGGCUGUAAGGAAAGCAAGGUACUUUUGUCCUUUUCCUUGAAUCACAUCAACACCCAUCAUCAUACUUUUUCCCACUGUGGUUACUUUGACUUCUCCACCCAUCAGCUAAACUUGGCAAUAAUAUUCAGAAACAUUCACAUUGUUUUUUUUUCUUUGAAGUUGAUCAGGAAAAUGUAGCUGUUUCACCUUUCACACUGGUGGUUCUUUUUCUUUUCUCCAUCUUCAAUAUCCUACAUUUUUUUUUUCUCCCAUAAACCAUUUUUCCCAUUUUCUCUCCUUUUUUUUUUAUCCAUUUUGUAUAUUUGCUCAUCUUCUCCCUGCCUAUUUUAGUGGUAGUUGUUCAAUGAUCAGGAUUGUCUAUCUGUAGUCAGCUGAGUACAUAUAUUGAUCUGUGUCACUGUGUUUAUGCACUGGACCAACUAUUGUUUACCAUUCAUGAAAUACCAGCAAAAAAAAAAAAAAAAGAAGAAUGAUGAAACACUUGCACAAUGUUGUAGAAUGUCCAUUAAUCCUGAUGAGAAAUCAAGGCAGCUGUUUUCAAAUCAACACAUACUGUUUUGAAAUGAAAUUGAAUGGUAAACAAUGCUUUCUGUUGUACCCCUUAGCCGUCCUCUUGAUUCUCUUUGGACUAGUUUUAUUCUUUUUAUUUUUAUUUUUGACUACAGGUUCUGCUUGUUUCCUUUACACCUACCUAUGUAUUUUCCUACUUCUGGUUGAAAAUAAAUUCUGUAUUAUCUGUUUCAAGCUGUGUCACCUCUUAUUCUUUGCAAUGGAUAUUGAAUAAAUUCUAUAUCUGUU